CGUCAGCCUUCAAGUAACUGCCAUGCAGAAGAAGCAAAGUCUUACACUCCCUCUGUUUUUUACUCUGCCAAAACUACCCAUUUCCUUCAUCUAUUCUCGCAAGCCAAGCUGAUAAAAAUGGCGGCAGAGCAAGCUGAUGCUGCCGAGAAGGACAUUACUUCACAACAGCAGGCAGAGUUCAUCCAGAGAAUGAAAGACGAGGAGACGCUGGACGUGAAUUUCGACACGGUGGCGGGGCUCCGGUCGCCGGAGAACCCGAGGUUUCUGGUGGAGAUCAUUGACACCUUUUUGGCUCACUCUGCAACUGUUGUCGCCCGAUUGGAGUCGGAAAUCAAUCAGCCUAUUCCUUACUACGGCGAUGCAGUCAGGGAUCUUUUCCAGCUCAAAGGCAGCUCUUCCAGCAUGGGAGGUGGAAGAGUGGCGGCUGCUUGCCUCGAGUUGCGCCGUGCUUGCGACGACUCCAAUAAGCCGAGGUGCUUGGAAUGCUUGAAGAAGGUGAAGGACGAGUACCAAACUCUGAGGGACGCCCUCAACGAAAUCAGCAGGAUGGAGAUGAUUAUCCUCGACCAAAACGUUCCGACCCCUUCAUCGUCGUCUGCAGUAGUGAACUAAUGGAGCUCUCACUGGAAACUGCGAUGUGGAUCCUCUUCUUCAUUGUUGCUGCGGUCCUCUGUUUUGCGCUUGAAAGUUGUGUUUGCUCUGUUUGGACCUGAGGGAUUUCAUUAUCAAUUGAAACUUUCACUUUGCCUAUCGGAGAAUAGGAAAGAGGGCUGCAGAUUUGUUGCAAUCAGCAGAGAAAUAGACUUCAAUGUUUGCUUCUGUAAACCGUUAUGAUGAUCCGUACAGGAACCGAGCAGGGCAGAAUGUGAACCAAAUAUUUGAAGCAAAGUAGAAUCAUCCUAGAGGGGUAUGGCAAAAACAGAGUGCAGAACUACUGCUGCCACUUGAUGACCAACAAAUAGGAUUCCACCGUCUUUGGGUCCGAAACUAUUGCCCUAACUACAACUCAGAAGCACAAACCACAAGGAGAAAGCAGGAUAAGGAGCACUCAACAAGGAGAAUAAUGAAGUAUCAAAACCAAA